UUUUUAUUCUCUAAUUUCUCGUGGAGGCGAGCGGAUAGAGAGGAGAGAGAAGGCGGAGAGAGAGAGAGAGAGAGGAGGAGGAGGAGGAGGAGGAGAAGGCGCUCCUCGCGAUUGGACAGGGCGCAAGCAACCCGAGGGCGCACGAUCCCCGAGGCGCGGGGCCCAGUUCCGGAGCCGAGGCAGCCUCGCCGUCGCCCGGGCGGCCCUUUCGAGCUCCGUUUCGCCGCUGCUCGACGCUGAUUUGGCUGGAUCCGGCCAAGAAUUCCCGUGGUUCGUGAGGAGGAGGUGAGGGGGAGGAGAAGGGGGGAGGUAUGGGCGCCGGGACGGAGCCGAGGGAGGAGGCGGCCGUCGGAAAUGAAGAGGGAGAAGGGGGUGGGAAGGAGGAGAAGGCGGUGGUGUACUGCUCGAUCUGCCUCGACGCGGUGGUUGCCGCUGGCGGGGAGAGGUCCACCGCCAGGCUGCAGUGCGGCCACGAGUUCCACCUAGAUUGCAUUGGAUCAGCAUUUAAUGCGAAAGGGGUUAUGCAAUGCCCCAACUGCCGCAAAAUUGAGAAAGGGAAUUGGCUUUAUGCAAAUGGUUCCCGACCUUCACAGGAUGUUAACAUGGAUGAGUGGGCUCAUGAUGAAGACCUUUAUGAUGUUAGCUACUCAGAGAUGCCAUUUCGCUUCCAUUGGUGUCCAUUUGGUCGCUUAGCACAACUUCCAUCUUUAUUUGAGGAAGGAGAAUCAUCACCUCCAGUUACUUUUCAUGACUUCAUGGGACAACAUGUGUUUACGGAGCAUGUAGCUGUAUCUGCCGCACCAGCGGCAACUCAUCCUUGCCCAUAUGUGGCAUACUUGCAUCCUCUUCCACCGAUGACGUCAUCGUCAAGCUCCCAUGUUCCUGAGAGAACUAUGGAUCGUCCUGCAUAUCAUGAUCAUUGGAGCCCCCUGGCUGGCCCAUCAGAUGGUAGGCCUGUGCAAACAGUGCAACCUGCUGAUUUUCAUCAUAAUCUUUGGGCGCAUGCGUCCCAUUCCUAUGCUCAACCCAACAGCAAUAACGGUGUGUCCGAGCAGCCAGGGAUCCCUUUUGGAACAAGGGUUGCAAGGGUUGAUGGUGACAGCCAACGUCGAGCAUCAGUUGUUUCCCCAUCGUACUUCACUAAUGGAUCUGGUUCUAGAUCUAGAACUCCCAAUGUUCCUCCUCUGAUGCCGCAAUUCAUGAGGGCUCAUGGCAGCAUCAACGAACUGUACCAGCAGAAUUCAUCAUCUAGCCUAUUUGCUGGGGCUCAUAGGUCGGGAGGCAUGCGACCUGCCCCGACAUCUCUACCAGAGAACCCAACUUUUUCCCUGUUCCCACCGGGUUCAUCUGGCCAUAGUUCAAUGGAGACUGAUGACGUGGGGGGAAACCGGUUCUACGCCUGGGAGCGUGACCGAUUCGCCCCAUACCCGUUGAUGCCAGUGGACUGCGAGACAAGCUGGUGGACUUCACAGCAGUCUCACAGCACAUCAGAACCUACAUCUGCACCAAGGAGAUUAUUUGGGCAAUGGAUCGGCGUUGGCAGGUCGUCUCCUGAAAAUAGAUCGCCCGAGGGCUCUUCAUAUCGGCAAAUGCAUACACCUCGGAUGUAGCCCCUCACUGCGAGAAUCUGAGUUGCUUGUAAGAAAAGAUGGAAAACCCAUUGUAUUAAAUUAAGCUGUGCCGCGCCGUAAACUUUCGGACAAAAUAUGAGGGGCAAGAAACAGGAAAUGACCCGGCGAGACAAUAUUUUGAUUUGGUUCAUGUGAAUUCCAUCUCGUACAUAUUUGAAAUCAAGUUGGGAUAUUCGGAGCUUCACAAUA